AUGGGCUCCGCCGAAACGGUUUGGACCACCGCCAAGGCCACCGCUGCGGGGGCUGUGGGGGGAGCCGCCACACUGGGUGCCACCGGGGGUGCCACCGGCCUCGCGGCGCCCCGGGCACCGGCCGGCGGCGUGGCCGGGGCCGCCCUGGGGGUGAUCCCUGCACUCUUCACCUUCGGGCUGUCCAUCCCCGUGGGCGCCGCCAUUGGCGGCACCGCAGGCCUUGCGGUGGGCGCCUCUGUUGGCGCGGCCGCGGGCGCGGCGUCCGGGGGCGCGGCGGGGUUCCAGGCCUACGCCAAGCGCGAGCAGAUCGGUGAGUUCCGCCAGAGCACCUUGAACAAGGCGCGAACCGCCCAGGUGAACACCGGCGUGGAUGCGGUCAAGGGCAAGGCCGUGGCCUCCGCGUGCCUUGCCGUUGAAGGCAAGAGGCAGGAUGAGGUCUUGACGGUCUUCGCGUGGCAUGAGGCCACGGGCGUUUUCCUCAGUUUGCUGCAGGGAAGGGGCGGGCCCUUAUUGCCAGCCCAGCGAAAGUUUUCGUCCAGCUUGUCGUCCGUGAACCCGAGCACCGUCCGACGUUGGAAUCGCCAGGUCCACACGCCGGGGCUGGUGGUGCCGCGCAUGUCCAUGUGCAAGGAGCUGGUGGAGCUGCUGUCGGACUGGUCCCAGCGCCUGAUCCGCCUGCCCCAGGCGGCCGACAUCGAGGUCCCCGCCUUCAAGUCCGAUGUGGAGGGUGUGGAGCCUGUGGCCGCAGCACUGGAGACGGCGCACCGCGCGGUGUAUCGCUGCCGCAGCCUAGGGGUGGUGUCGGCGGAGGAGCUCGCGAAGCUGAGCCGGCCCGCCAUGUGCCUGCAGGUGGAGGUCGGCUUUUCGCCCCUCAUAGAUUUGGAGGAAGAGCUCACGGACACGGGGCUCCUCUCCCUCUUGGACAUGCCUUCGGGCGUUCUUUGGGCCAUCCAGGACGUGCACGCCCUGCACAGCGCCGCCCUGAACAAGUCCGACGGGGUGCUGGUGGUGGUUGAUGCCUCGAAGCACGACGUGCCGCACUGGAUGGGCAAGAUCUUGCGCGAGGCUUUGAAGCAGGAGCAUGACGAGGAGGAGUUCCAGGACCGCGGCAGCCUGCGUCCGGCGGACUGCUGGAUCGUGGCCAACCGCAUUGACCAGCUCCCGGAGUUCUUCUGCAAGGAGAACGAGCUCUGCAAGAAAGUCAUGCAGAGGCAAUACCAGAAUUACAGGGACCUCAUCGUCUCAGAGGAUCAUGUGAUCCCUGUGGCAGCGAGGCUCUCCUCGCUGGCGAUGUACGGCACUGACAAGGUGCGGUCGAACCUCUCCCAAGAGUUCCAGAGCCUGGAGAAGAAGCCGUGGUUUGCACAGACCUGCGGCUUGAUGUUCGGCAUGCACUGGCAGGACCAGGCCCGGGAUCUGGAGCACAACAAAUGGCGCUCGGCCAUGCGGGAACUCAAGCUGCUGGGCCAGGUGACGGGGCCUUUGGCCAACAGCGUCCUCAAGACGGCCUACGUGAAGAUGAUGCCCCACUCGGUGGCUCGUGUCAUGGGGGCCUUGUCCAAUCUGGCUUGGAACUUCUGUUCCGCCCUCACGUACAUGGCGGGUGCUGAUGGCCUCGUCAAGGCGCGGACGGUGCCAGAAGACCGCGAGCUGGUCGUCGCGGCGGUGCACAACGAUGCCAGAAGCGUGCAGCGCCUGGCAGAGCACGGCUUCCCCUGUGACAAGGAGGUGGCGGGCAAGAUGCUGCUGCUCUCUGCGAGCCGAGACCGGUGGAACCCUGUGCGCACCAUCGUGGAUGGAGGCUAUGAUCUGAAGUCGGCCACGGGCGCGCGCGCCCUGCUGCUGGCGGCCUCCAGGGAGCACUGGGCCCAGGUGGCGCUGCUGCUGGAGCGAGGCGCCUCGGUGUGCACGGAGGCGGCGCAGGUGUCCUUUGGCCUCGCGGCGGCGGCCAACCGAAAGGAGAUCAUCGAGGACUUCAUCGGCCGAGGCUUCAAGUUGGAUUCCUGGGGCGGAAAGAAGGCCGUGGUGGAAGCCGCGAGCCGCGGGUACCUGGAAGUGCUCCAGUCCUUGGUCUCCUACGGCGCGGAUCUCUCCUCCUGGGCUGGGGAUCAAUCGCUGCAGAAGGCCACUGAGAAGGAGCACGGGGAGGUCAUGCGUUUCCUGGUGGAGAAGGGCGUGGACGUGACAGGGGACCUGGGAGACCAAGUCCUGGAGUCAGCAGCGGCGCGGAACGACGUGCUUCUGCUGCAGCUGCUGCUGGACAAGGGCGCCCAAGUCGGGUGGUCCGGCGCCCGCGCCCUGACGGCGGCGGCCAGGUGCAAGAGCUGGGAGGCGGUUCACUUCCUGAUCCUUGCGGAGGUGGACUUGACGGAGUGGGCUGGGCAAGUUGUGCUUCUUGCAGCGCUGGAGGCCCAGAAUCUCUCCAUUCUCCGAGUCCUGGAGGAAAAUGGCCUGGACAUCUCCUCCGAGCGGUCGCAGAUCACGCUGGGGCAGGUGGCCAUCGCCCCCAAGGUGCGGAAGUUGCUGGAUGAGAUGCAGCGGCGCAGCACUCAGCGCAACGCCGCCGCCGCGGCGCAGCUGCUCGCCUCCCACGCGACCCAUCGGCGCCUGCGGAAGGAUCUGCCGGAGCCGCCGCGGGGGCCGGCCCAGGCGCCGCGUGACCCCUGGCUGCAGUUCGAGUCCCCGGCGGCGCGGCCUGCGGUGCCGCCGCGCGUGGCAGUGGCCCGCGCGCUGGCGCGGCACGUGGAGCAGUUGGACGAGCAUUGCCUUCUGGUGGCCAGACAGCUGGCAGGGCAUCUGCUGGAGCUGGACUCCUGUACCGACACGGCGGCGCGUGCCCUGGCGGAGCACUUGUUGCGCGUGGACGUCACCGCCCAGAAGUUGGAGGCGGACACGCAGCAGGUGGCGCUGGCCUUGGCGGAGCACGUCCUCACGGAGCUCGGAGCGCCGGACGCGUCAGCAGUCGGCUGCGAUGGAGAGCACGAAGCAGAUGUUUGCGGUGACGCGCUCGAUUGGCCAGAGGGCGACGAAGAAAAGUUUGGCGGUGAGGGCCACGGCGACGGCGAGUGCGGAGGUGGCGAGGCAUCCUGUGCGACAUUCGAAGGCAGCGGCACGCGGCCAUCCGAUGACCUGGCAGAGGUGGCUGCGGCUCUGGCGCGGCACCUCAUGGAGCAGGAAUUCUCGGACGACGUCGCGCCGGAUUUUCCGGGCGGUCGGCCGCCGGGCUCGUCCGCUGCGUCCGAUGGCGGCAGCCGGGCGGCGCAGGCGUUGGCGCAGCAUGUGUUGGCAACGGAGUCGGAGGACCCCACGCAGACGGUGGCGCAAGCUUUGGCGCGGCAUGCCGAGCAGGAGAAGGACGCGGGGCGGGUAGCAGAGGCCUUGGCGCAGCACCUGGCAGAUGUGGCGAGGGAGGACUCUGUUCGGAUGGCGGCGCAGGCUUUGGCUGAGCAUGCGGAGAGGGAGAAGGACUCGGCGCAGGUGGCGGCGGCCCUCGCGCGGCACCUGGAGGACUUCUACCCGGACGAGGUGUACUCCCCGCGGGGCCCGCGGCCACCCCCCGGCUCGCCGCGGCCGGAAGCGCUGGCCAGGCUGAGCUUCGACAGGCGAGAGGACGUGCAGGCCGCUGCGCAGGCUUUGGCCAGCCAUGUGGAAGAGACGCCGGCAAGGUCGGGUGGUGUACAUAGAGGCGGAAGCUGCGAGAGCCGACUCAAGCUGCGAGAGCCUACUGUGGAGACCGUCCACCAGAUCUGCCGUACCUUCCAAGAGGAUGUCGAGCAGCGCAUCACGGCCUGCCUGGCGGAGUGUGUGCCAACGGAGGAGGAGGCGAAAGCCUUGGCCACACGGAAGUGCCCCAAGGGCACGACCUUCGACGGCCCGGACGCCACCGACCUGCACCAGAAGUUCUUCGAGAUUGCGGCGCGGGAGGCCGUGGCCGAAUUCCAGCCCAGCUUUGAGCGGGCCAAGGUGCGGUGCAAAGAGGAGGUGCACAAGGCUCACAACAAGUUCCUGAAGACCAUGGACUACUACCUCACUCGGGACCCGUGCAUGGGAUACCUCGGCUCGUCAUGGUCCAUGGCGCGGCUGGGCGCACUGAGCCUCGUGAUCCUCACGCUAGGCACCUGGAUCGGCACAUCCUUCAUUGGCCCGCCGGCGCCCUUUGCCCCGCGCUCUGUCGCCCGGCGGGCCGAAGAAGAGGCGGCUGCUGGAGUGGUACUCGAGGAACCGCCCAGCGAUGAUGAGAUCGCCAAGGAGUCUAGCUUAGACCCUCGACCCAAGCGCCGCUUCCGGCCCAAGCGCGAGAAGCGUGGAACCUUGUGCUACGCCAGGAGGGAGUUGAACGAGGAGGCGGAGCGGAUGCGGCCCUACAUUGAGCCUUUGUUGGAACAGCAGAUGUCCCUCAAGGAGAUCACCUUUGUGUUGAACCGCCGAGGGAAGGAGCUGCGGCACCUGCUCUACAAGCCUCGUGUUGGCCUUCCAGUCUUCACCGAGCACAAGGUGCGCCGCUUGAUGCGCCGCGCCAAGAACGACGCAGGCGUGCGCAUCAACUGCUUCGUGCGGCCGCAGCAUCUGCCACCCAACGCCCCCGGGGCGGCAUACCCGAAGUACAUCCAGGAUGUUUUCGCUGAGGUGCCGCCUUUGGGCUGGCAAGAGAUGCCCGAGUAUGCUCAUAUGCUCAGCAGCGCCAAGAAUCAGGCGCGUCGUGCGGCGAACACUGAAUCGAGGAUGUUGACGGCCACCCAGGAGGCCGCUGAGGAGGCUGGAGUGGAGCCGGUGUCCGAGGAAGAAGAGGAGGCUGGGAUGAAGCAUUUGAGUGAGCUUUGGAGCCUGCAGCUCAGUGCCUCGAUGCCAAGGCUGAACUUGACAUCUGGCAAGACGCGCAGAAUUCCACCGGCGGCGCGAAAACAGCGUGCGGUGCUGCAGUGUGGGCACGGGUUGCCCAGAUCCAACGAAGACAAUCUUGACCCCUUCGCCAAGCACAAGUUGGUGGCGGAAGCCAUGAACACCAAGUUUGUCCUGGGCGAAGGCGCCUCGCCCUUGUCGGCAAGCGACCGGGACAAGUUCGUGAGCGAGCAGGUGAAGCAGGUGAAGCCCACUGUCCACUGGCAUCUCUUCCAGCGCGCGAGCCGCACCUACGACAUCCCGCUCGACCUGGUUGUUUCCUUCGAGACCGCCUUGCUGGAGCUGUGGUCCAACUCGGCCCAUGAGCAGCUAACGAAGCUUUUCCUGGAGCCCAUCUUCAAAAGCUUCGAGAAGUUGAAGCACGACAUGGAGGAGUUCAACCGCCGGCCGCGCCGCAAGGACUCCAAGGUCCAGUUUGCCUUCGGCCCGAAGCUUGCGGAGGUGUUAAAGGAGAUUCGCUCCUUCAAGGCGCCGGACAACGCAGAGGACGCGGUUCCUCAGAACGAGGCGGAGCGGUGUGAGAGACUUUGCCUCAAGAUCCGGGAGACCAUUCAGCAACUUAGCUGA